AUGUCGACACGCAAGUCCGGCCGCGCAACCAAAGCGGUGAAAUACACAUCCGCAUCCGAAGGCUCGGAUUUUGAGGACAAGAAGCGAAAGCCCAGAAAGACUUCCACAGCUACCCCCAAGAAACCUGGGCCUACAAAGAGGACAAAAGCAGCACCAAAUGCGACCACCGUAUCAGGAAAGAAGGCCCUCAUGAACCCCAAGCGCCCCGCCGAAUCCGACAAUGACGAUGAUAAUGCUUCUGCCAACGAAACCGCCCCCAAGCCCAAGCGUCAAAAGAAAGACCCCGAGACCCUAGCCAACGAAGCCCACGAGAAGCAGGUCAAAGCCGACAAAGCCUUGCACAAACAAAACUGGCAGGACUGGCUCGCAGCCCACACCGUCGAAGGCGAGAUGCUAGAAGAAGAGCCCGACAAGGAAGAAAGUAUCACGCAGACCGACGCGCUGAAGAAGUACGGGCUCAAGAAAGAGGAGCUGACGUCUUUACUGCGGUACGAGAAGAAGAACCCGUUGUAUGGUGGCACGAUGAAAUUGUUCAUAAAGGACAAUGUGAAGGAGUUGUGCUUCAGGAAGAUGGGGAUGCUGGAGGGUGUGCAGGGGGGUGAUGGGGAAGUUUUGAGGAAGGGGGAGGAGAUUUGGCAAGCAGAACACAAAGACGAUCCUGAGACUGAGAACGAAGCGAAAUCGACGAAGGUGAAGAAGGCUGACAAGUCCACGCCGACAAAAGAGAAGAAGGACGCCCCAGCCAAACCCGAGAAAUCGAAGAAGGAAGCACCAGCUAAACCCACCAAGCCCACCAAAGAAAAAACACCCAAGCAAAAGUGGUCAGCAUACAUAUCCUCACACACCCUCGCCGCCGACUCGAACCUCACCGAAGAGCCAUCCGACGUCAUCAAUCAAACAGAGUGCAAGAACAAGUACAGUCUCACGCCCCAGGACCUAGCUUGUCUGUCUUUCUUCCCUAAGAAGAACCCUGUGUACGGGAAAAUCAUGAAGUUAUUCCACGAGAGCGAGGUGAAGAAAUUGGCGUAUGUGAAGACUGCUGUUCUAGCUGGAGUGGAGGACGAUGGUGAGGAUGAAGGGGCGUUGGUGAAGGAGGGGAAGAAGAUUGUUGAGGAGCAGCGAGAGGGUGAGGACGACGAGGAAGAGUAG